AUGCAGGCCUUCCAACUUUUCCGCUCGUGCUCCAGCUCUUUGUCUGCACGCAGCAUUGCGCGUGCCUCAGUCCCCGUCGGUCGUAGAGCGGCUAUGGGCACACGAUAUUAUUCAGACGACAAAGCUCAAGCGUCGGAGGGCGAGGAAACAAAGCGGUUAGAGGGCGAGAGUAAGGAGACUGAGGAAAAGCCAGCUCCACCAUCACCAGAGGCUGCGCUCACAGAGAAACUAGCGCAGAAAGAGAGAGAGGUAACGGACCUGACUGGUCGGCUACGCUACCUGCAAGCGGACUUCCUCAACCUGCAGCGCAACGCUGCGAAAGAAAAGGAGCAGACCCGUGAUUUCGCAAUCAGUCGCUUCGCGUCCGACCUCCUCGAGACCGUCGAUGUUCUCGCCAUUGCUCUCAAGUCCGUUCCCCCAUCUGUCAUAUCAUCCGCAUCUUCCUCGUCAUCGCCGUCUCCACCACCAUCCAACUCGUCGAAUUCAUCCGAGCCGUCGGAGAAAUCGGCGGAGGUAUACCUCAAUGAACUCCACACCGGCGUGGAGAUGACACAUCGACUACUGAUGCAGACACUCUUCAAGUACGGUGUGAAGCCUUUUGACCCCACAGGCGACAAGUUCGACCCCAAUCGGCACGAAGCACUGUUCCAGACACCUGUACCAGACAAAGAGCCUGGCACCGUGUUUAACUGCCAGAAGACGGGAUACAUGAUCAAAGACCGCGUAUUGCGCGCGGCACAGGUCGGGGUGGUGCAGGAGCAGCAGUCAUGA